UUUUUUUUUCUUUCCAACAACUCAGAUAAACAAACAUCGAAUUCUGCCAAACCAAGACAAAUACAAAGAACAACGCCAAAAACAAUGGUUUCUGAUCUGGGCACAGGUCGCGCUGCAGGCAAGCGCCAGAUCAAGCCAUCUGCCGCGGCGCUGAGCGAAAUGGAGAGCUGGAGCGACUCGGACGAGGAGAGCGACGGCGACUUUGACGCGCUGGCUGCUGCACGCAAGCUGGCCAAAGAGGACGCCGUUCGGCGACAACGCGGCCGACCAACACAGAAGCGAUCGCGCGACGACGGCGAUGACGACGAUGAUGAUGAUCAAGAUGGUGAUGAUCAGGAUGACGAUGCUGAUGAUGAUGAUCAAGAUGGUGAUGAUCAGGGUGACGAUGACGAUGAGAACGACGACGACGACGACGACGACGACGACCACCAAGACGACGAAGACCGAGGCCAUCGCAACAAGCGCGCCAGGUGGUCUCGUGGCUCAGAUGACGACGGUGGUAACGAUGAUGAUGAUGAUGAUGAUGACGACGACGACGACGACGACGAUAACGACGAUAACGACGAUGAUGAAGAAGGCGAAGACGACGACCAAGACGACGACGACGAUGACCAGGAAACAGAUCUACAGACCAUGUUCAACUACGAUGAAAACUACGAGUCCGACGACGACGAGGAUUUCGCUGUCAAGCUCAAGAAAAAGGCAAAGAGCAAGCAAAAGAGCAAGCAGCAAAAGAAGGUCUUCCACAAGAAGCGCUCUGCUCGUAGCAACCAAGAAGACAGCGACGACGAGGACGAUGGCGGUGCUGCAGACAGCGAAUUUAUCCGCAACCAUCGUCGUUCGACCACAACAACCCCGACCGUUUGCGCGGUUUGCUUGACGGGUCCACGAGCAGAAUCAGCUGGCGUGCCAGAAGCGCUGCUGGUGACGUGCGAUUACUGUCAACUCACAGUUCACGAAACGUGCUACGGUGUUCUUGGAACCGACGACGAAGACGAUGUCGAGACGCAGCUGGAGGAGACUUUUGGCAUUCCCGUUCGCACCAGAAAGCGUGAGCGCAAGGCAGAAGAGCAAGCUGCAAGGCAAGCGGCUGCGGCCAGCAAAGCGCAAGAAGAGAGCGCAUCGGUGGAGUCACCAGAAGCAGAUCAAGACGAAGUCACCGAGUUGUGGUUUUGCAAUCCAUGUUUGAGCAAUGUCAAACCGGUUUGCGAGCUGUGCCCCAACACUGGUGGCGCGUUUAAAGAGACAGAUACUGGUGGCUGGGUGCACGUGCUGUGUGCUCUCUACACUCCCGGAACUGAAUUUGGCAAUCUCCGAACCAUGGAGCCCGUCAUCCUCAGCAAAAUUCCAGCCACUUCAUGGGGCAAUACCUGCGUGUUGUGUCCCGAGGACUCGGCAGCCUCCACGGUCGGUGUUUGUGUCCAAUGUGACGCCGGAUUAUGUCGUCAGCUCUUCCACGCAUCUUGCGCUGUUAAAAAGGGUCUGCUAUGCGAAGCUCCAAGCGACGAGGUUGUCGCCGAUCCUUACUAUGCCAACUGCAUGCAGCAUGUUGAUAAGGGCCUACAACCGCGAAAGAUUGCUCAGUGGCGCCGGUACGAAGCUUCGCAAGUUGGACUGCGGCGUUCGAUUGAAAAUGUGAGCGAGUACAACCGUGCUCGUGAUGUUCGAGCCAGGCAACAUCACCAGGUCCUUCGAUUGCAGUAUAUUCGCUACUUCCGCGACAAGUAUGAGGCGCGGAAGCUUUCAAAGCUCCAGCUUCAGCGAUUGCAGCGCCAUGUUGACGCCAGCCAACUCCCCACUGCCUCGCUUCCCAGCCGUGCGGGCGACCCUUCCACCAGCGGUACUGCGGCAGUCGUGGAUGUUGCCACCCUUGCCCCUACCGCGAUUUGGACCCACUUUUCCACCAGGCUGCGCUCUGUUGCUGUGGAUCCCAACCCCGCGUUUAUGGAAUACCUCCAACAGCGCGAGACUGGCAUUCAGCAGCUGGAGGUUGCCAUUGAUCGGCUGAAAGCCAUGCGCACUCGUCAUUCCGAGGCAGACGCGACGAGCAGACUCGAGUUGAAGACUCUCGAAUCUGAUUUCGCGACACUGUUGACAGACACCCAACCGUUGGUGCAAACCAUCUCAGGGCUGGUAACCUUGAUGACUGCCGUGCAAGAGCCAGACGGUGCUGACCCUCGCAUCACGCAGCUGACGCAGUUCAUCGAGACGAACGCGCUGACUCCCGCCAAAAUCGACGCCGCGAAGCGGGAGGCGUCUCGGUCGGCGCAGAAAUUGCUGCAGCAGGAGGCGCAAGCGGCGACGGGUUCGGAAGCUGAAGCUUCUGCAGCUCCUCCACAGUCCAGCACCGUUGACUUGGACUCGCUUGUUGGCGAAGAUUUGCUCAAGUUCUGGACCGAGCAAGACAAGCGACUGCGCGCAGAGCUGCGCGAUCCGCAAGAGCACGCCGCAAGGCUCCGGCGUCAAAUCUGGGGCUCGGACGAGGUCCCUCCACCAUCCGAGUCUGCCGAUGGGUCCGCUUCCGUCAUGCUGACUCUGGACGGUCGUGCACGUCGCAAGCCUGGGCGCCGCGCACGUGCGCCCACCGCUCCAGUUGAAGAUGCUCCUCUCGAGACUGUGCCUUCUGGCGACGCGACUGAGGCGAUCGAUGUUUCGGCGGGCAGCCUUGCUCUCUCAAUCUCGCCACGUUGCUGCGUCUGCGACCAGGACACCGAGCCACACAAGCUCACCCACUGCGAUUUAUGCAAAAACUGGUACCACAUUUUCUGCCUCGAUCCUCCACUCGCCACCAUGCCUCGUCGGAGCCGUGGCUACGGGUGGUGCUGCGUCAAGUGUGACCGUGGCUCGGACGACGACCAGUUGUCGCAGGCGGGAAGCUCUGGCGAAGAUGCACUGGAUGCCGCCGAGCGCCGUGAGGAACAGCGUCGCAAGAUGCGCAAAGUUUCGCGGCGAAACGAAGACUAUGCCAGCGGAAGCGAAGUUGACAGCGCAGGCGAGUCGCAUCAUGUGGAUGAUAUGGACUUGGACGAUGACGACAUUUCCAUUUCGGAUGACGAUUUUGACAGCGACGAUGAUCGACCCCGGCGUGCAGGCCGCGGUCGUGGCCGUGGUCGUGGCCGAGGUCGUGGCCGUGGCGGACGUGGUCGCGGCAGCGGACGUGGGCGAGGUGGUCGCCGAGGCCGAAGCAACGAGGACGAGACGUUGGCCGCAAAGCGACAAUAUGCCGCCGCCAACAACAUGGUUGUGGAUCGCGAAACGGGCGAGUUGCGACCGCGUGCCAAGCCUGGUCCCAAGCCCAGCAUCAAGGCUGAGACCACUCCUCGCAAGUCCAGCCUCGAGCCUGAUUCUACUUUGAGCCCUGAUGCGGUCAAGAGCGAGCGCAAGCCUCAUCAAAAGCCUGGUCCCAAGCCCAAAGUGGCUGACGGAGUACCAAGCUCCAGCUCCACUCCAGACAACCGUCGGGUUGAUGCUCAAGCCUCCGCUUCCAACUUGGAGGCCGUCAACUCACAGCGUCGUGGGACUCUGUCGUCAACGCCGCCGGAAUCGAGCAAGUCCCAAAUGGUCUGGGCCGGAAGCGUGCAGCCUGUUGCAGCCCCGUCGCUCGCGCAGGCCUUCGAACAAGCCAUUUCCUCCAUUCGCGGCCCAGCACCUCCACACCACCACCAACAACAACAACAACAGCAGCAGCAGCAGCAGCAGCAGCAGCAGCAGCAGCAACAACAGCAGCAACAACAGCAGCAACAGCAGCAGCAGCAACAGCAACAACACCAGCAGCAACAACAGGGUUCCAUCCCACCGCCUUCUUAUGCCCCGACAGCAUCUCCUGCUGUUUCUGUCAAAGUUGAGCCGAUGCAAACCCAACCCGCGUACCAAGAGCAACGACCCUCUGUUCCAACCCAUGCCAUGCCGACGGCUGCAGCUUACUCUGGUUCCGGAUAUCCUGCCUACCCGUACCAGGGCCAGCCGACCGUAAGUGCCGACCAGCAGUAUGUGUACAUUUACCCCAACGACCCAAACUGGCAGCAGUACGCGCAAUAUUACCAAAGCUACCAAGCUCAGCAGCAGUCUGCAGCUGCGGCACAGGGAGCUCAGCCUCAAGUCUCAUCCGCAGCUGCGCCCUCAGCCGCAGCCCCACCCUCAGCCGCGCACCCUCCGCCACCGACACAAUAGUCAAUCAUUUCGUUCAUGUGCGAGGGGCUUGUGGUAACGGUCAAAUAUACUGGAGAAUACAACUCUUUUAUCAUUGCAUGACUGUGCGAGUAAACCCC